AUGUGGAACAUGAAAUUUGAUGGCAACAGAAGGCAGGGAAUGCUAGCUUCUGGAUGGACAACUGGACUAAACAAGAAAGAUAAUUUCAGUUCAAUUUUCACCCAGAAACUCAUAAUCCAUAGAUUAACGCAUCAAUUUUGUCUCAGAAAAAAAUGGCACACCGUUGCUUCAUGGACAUGGGACGCGCAAGAUGAAACUUGUGGUAUAUGCAGGAUGGCUUUUGAUGGUUGUUGUCCUGAUUGCAAACUCCCUGGUGAUGACUGUCCACUAAUAUGGGGUGCUUGCAACCAUGCAUUUCAUCUUCAUUGUAUCUUGAAGUGGGUGAAUUCUCAAUCUGGACAAGCACAUUGUCCCAUGUGCCGUCGUGAAUGGCAGUUCAAAGAAUGAAC